CAAAAACUUUGGCGUUUCUUUCCAAAUUCGUAUUAACAAUGGCCUAACCGAUGCCGACCCUUGCACCAGCCAUUACCUCGUCCAGCUUCGCCCGAACUCUCCACCACCGCGACGCCUUUUCCAAAACCCUACUCGUCCUGCUGCUGCUGACAUGCCUCUCGCCCGCCGCCGCCCAGCGGAGCGCGCCGCCGGCGUCGCCGUCGAAGCUGCGCUGCUACAGGAAGGGCGCCGUCUCCAUGGACGCCGCCCAGUGCUUGGACAUCGGCAAGGAGACGCUGCUGCGCAACGGCACCGCCGUCGACGCCAUGAUCGCCGUCCUGAUCUGCAACGGCGUGGUGAACAUGCAAAGCAUGAGCCUCGGCGGCGGCUUCUUCAUGCUCGUCUACAAGAAGAGCGAACACAAGGUGUAUUCGCUCAACGCCAGGGAGACGGCGCCGGCGAAGGCGAAGAACAGCUUGUACAAAAUCUAUCCCAACUCCACUUCCGAUGGAAUACUCUCCGUAGCCGUACCGGGAGAACUUAAAGGCUAUUACGCUGCUCAUCAGAAAUUCGGGAAGCUUCCGUGGGAAGCGCUCGUAGCGCCGACGAUAGAGCUCUGCGAAAGGGGCUACAUCAUGACCAAGCACCAGUACAAAUCGGUGAAAUUGCGCGAGGGGCUGGUCGAGCGAGACCCGAAUUUCAAGCAGUGGUUCUACGACGAAGACUGCCAGCUCAAAUUGCCCGGCUCCAGGAUCGUUCCAACCAAACUGUGCGAAACUUUGAAAGCCGUAGCCAAAAAUGGCCCGAACGAUUUUUACACCGGGACGCUAUCGAAGAGCCUGCUGAAGGAUAUCAAAGACAGCGGCGGGAUCAUCACCGAACAGGAUUUGAACAAUUACCAAAUAGAAUGGAGCGAGCCUUACAAAGUAAAACUAACCAACGGCGAUACGUUGUACACAGCACCUCCGCCCGCCUCCGGUCCAAUUCUAGCUCUAAUACUCAACGUUCUGGAUAAAUUGCACUUCACUCCGGAGCACCUGGAAGGCACCAACAACACAAUAGCGACCCUCCACCGGAUCAUCGAAGUGUUCAAGUACGCUUACGCCAGACGAACGGAACUGGGCGAUCCGAAGUUUGUAGACAUGCGGCAUGUGCUCGAGGAUUUGUCUUCGAACGAAUACGCGGAGUCGAUCGGUAGAAGAAUCGAAGACGGGAGAACGUACGCGGAGCCGUUGCACUACGGAGGCCGGUUCUACGACGGCGAUGAUACUCACGGAACGUCCCAUUUGAACGUGAUGGCUCCGAACGGAGACGUGGCCUCGGCGACCAGCUCGGUGAACAUCUACUUCGGAGCGGGCAUGACCUCGAAGAGCACCGGCGUCGUUCUCAACAGUCACAUGGACGAUUUCUCUUAUCCCUGGAUGAAGAAUUACUUCGGUUUGCCGGGUUCGCCUAGCAACCACAUGCUGCCCGGUAAGAGGCCGCUGUCUUCGAUGGCGCCCGCCGUGGUUUUGGACGAAAAUUGUAACGUUAAACUGGUGAUUGGGGCGGCGGGUGGUACUCAAAUAACUAGCGCUGUAGCUUUGGCGAUUAUGCGCGUAUUGUGGUUCGAUAAUAAUAUUAAGGAAGCUAUAGAUGCGCCUAGGAUUCACCACCAGUUGGUGCCCAUGAAGGUGUUUUAUGAGAAUGGUAUCGGUCGAGAGGUGAUCGAUGGUCUCGAGGCUAUAGGUCAUACCAUGGAAAAGGGGACUAAAUCGAAUAUAUGCGGUCUGUAUUCAGACCAAUAUUACAUUUACGGAAACGCGGAUUAUAGGAAAGGUGGUGGAGUUCGUGGUUUUGAUUAAUUUCGC